AUGAAGACCAAAUGCUGCGACACCGGUCAUGUGAUAAUAGGACACGUCCUGAGUCAGGGUGAAAAAGAACAUGUGGUGACGAGGUUAGAAACAGUUUUAUACUGUCUGAAGCAGAACGGUAUACCCUGCAGCGUGGAUGAAAUGCCCAACAUUGCCGUGCUGGGUUCUGGUGGAGGUCUGAGAGCCAUGGUGGCGCUGCUGGGAUCAGUAGGCGCUCUGGAUAAAGUGGAUCUGCUGGACUCAGUCAUGUACCUGAGUGGAGUCUCUGGAUCCACCUGGUGCAUGUCAUCACUGUACAAAGAACACGACUGGUCCACCAACCUGAAGGAUCUUACAGAUGGCAUUGCUAAAAGGCUGGUUGAUGGAAAAGUCUCAUUUUGGAGAAAAUAUGACAAGCUGAUGAAAUAUUUUGGUGAGUCAGACAACUUCAGUCUGACGCAUGUGUGGGCAGUGAUGUUUAUAUCAGGAGAAGUGAAAGAGAUAGGUGACGGUGGUGUAACGUGGCAGGAGGGGUACAACACCAAAGAUCCGUACCCCAUCUACACUGUGAUUGAUCAGACCUGUGAACAUGAGCAACAGUAUAAAGAUGUUUGGUUCGAGAUCACUCCUCAUCUGUCUGGUUAUUCACACACUGGAGCAUUUGUGGACACAAAACAUUUGGGCAGUAAAUUUAAAGCUGGAUCUUUGACUGAACCCCAGUCUGAGAUGGACAGGCUGUACCUACAAGGUCUAUGUGGCAGUGCACUGGCUGAUUUUCGUAAAGAUAUUGAAUGGAUAAUCAACUGGAUAAUCAACUGGAUAUUACAGCACAUUUUUGGAAUCUCGUCUGUGGUUUGUCAUUCAGGAGACUUUGGCGAGGCGGAGGUUUUCAAAACCAGCUGGAUUUUAUCUGAACGCACCAUCUCGAAGGAGGACAUAAUAAAACACACCCUGCAACUGUGUGAAGAGCUGCUGAAAAGAAUGAGCGGAAUUGGAUGGGUUAUUCUCCUUGUAAAGAUCAUGGAGCUCAUUAAAUCCUGGACCUGGGGAACGACCAACAACUUUCUCUACGGCAUGACAGACCCUUGCUGCAGUAAUCUGAAAACUGAGACCAGAUGGUACGAGGAUGCUGGACUGUUACUGAACUCCCCGUACUUCUCAGUGCUAAGAGAAGAACGGAAAGUUGACCUCAUCAUUUCCCUCGACUUCAGUGAUGGAGAUCCCUUUAAGUUGCCUGCGGCGCCAGCGGCAUCAUUCGGGGCUUUCCCGAAUUGUUUUUUGUUCCCAUUUUCAUGA